AUGAUUAAAACGCAAAAACCUUUAGAAAACUCCGCCAUAAAACAAUGCGAUAGAAUCUUUGCUGUACGCGGUUUACUUAAACUAAUGAAAAUCAUGGGCAUGUGGCAAUGGAAAAGGGAAUACACUAAUGAAAGUGAAUUUCAAAAAUAUCAAAGAUUACAAAACAUACAAAGAUUCUGCAUACACCUGCCCAUAACCUUCACCUACAUCACACUCAUGUGGUUGGAGGUGUUCCUAGCACCGGAUUUGGAUCAGGCUGGCGAUGUUCUCUACAUGUCAUUCACCGAGUUAGCUUUAGUUGUGAAAGUUUUCAAUAUUUGGCACUAUUCAAUGAAGGCAUGUAAUUUCAUCAAUGAAUUGGCUUAUGGAGAGCACUUUAAGCUAAUCAGAGCUGAAGAAGUGGAGCUGUGGCAACGCAAACAAAAACAGUUUCGCUAUUUAAUAGUAGUUUUUCUAACCUCCAGCAUCUUUACGAUUACGGCCGGUUCGGUGGGUGUGUUAUUUAGUGAUGGCCAUCAGUUGCCCUUUGCCUAUUGGGUUCCUUUUGAGUGGCACAAGGACAAUAGAAACUAUUGGAUUGCCUACCUUUAUAGUGUGUUUGGCAUUGGGGUGACUGCUGUUACGAACGUUUGUAUGGACAUGAUUGGUAGCUAUUUUCUAUUUCAUACUUCGCUGUUGUAUCAGCUAGUGGGUUUGCGUUUAUCGCAUCUGAAGGCUGCUGCGGAGGAAGAUGUACUGAAGGAAUUGAGGAUAAUUUUUAAAUUUCACAAACAUGUUAGGAGAAUGACCCGAGAAUGUGAGACAUUGGUAUCAUCGUAUGCUCUGUCACAAAUUGUUUUAAGUGCCUUUAUUUUAUGUUUCUGCGGUUAUCGGAUACAAAAGAUAAACAUUUCGGAAAAUCUUGGUCAAUUCUAUUCGAUGUUACAAUUUUUGUUUGUUAUGAUUUUGGAAAUUUUUCUGCCCUGCUAUUUUGCCAACGAAAUAACUUGGAAUUCCUCACAACUGUGUACGCAAGUUUAUAGCUCUGAGUGGUUAAAAUUUUCAGUACCCACUCGUAAACUUGUUUAUUUGUAUAUGGAGUUUGUGAAGCACCCGGAAAAAGUAAAAGCUGGUAAUUACUUUGAUGUUGGUCUGCCAAUAUUUACAAAGGUGAUGAAUAAUGCUUAUUCCUUUUUUGCUCUUAUAAUGAAUGUGGAGAAGUAA